AUGAUCCACAACGCAAAAAAUAAAAAAAAAGAUCACCAUCUUCGCCACCCCAAAUGCAUCUCCCUAUGUAAUAGCGCAUUUCAAUACCACUAUCUUGAAUUAACGUCGAACAGCAGUCACCGAGACUACCAGUUGUUAACCGACGUGUUAACAAUACUGUUGAUACUCCCGCGUUACGAUAAGGACAAGGCGCGACGGCUCAGUCUCGUCUUCCAAUCUCUUGAAUCUCGCAACUCAGACAUUAAUUUCAUCGAUAUUCUCCAGACCUGUUUUUCAUCUUUCUCUUCUCUCAACAAUUUCGUCAAACACCUGCUCUGCAACUUUCUUCCCAAGAUCUUGAAUCUGUGUGGUUGA